AUGGCUCUUACUUUGGAUACCAGUACAAGACUUAUUUCUAUAAGGCACUCUCGGUCGCGCCUGAGCAACUUUGACUUGGUCACAGAGGCUGUUAGAACGUGGAGCGCCAUUCACCAUCCAUGUAUAGUACCCUUACGGCAAGCCUUCGGGACGAGAGAUUUCAUUGAAGCUGAGAACCCUAGUCAAGAUGGAGGGUCCUUGGUUUAUGUGUAUGAUUAUAUACCGUCAGUGGCGACACUGCAGUCGGUAUUCAUAGACUCGCCUACGCUCAAACAGAAUGGGAUUGGGGGAAUACCUGAACAUGUUAUAUGGGACGUACUGAGCCAGCUCAUCAUGUGUCUCAAGUACAUUCACAGUCAUGGCCUCUCUGCGAAAGUCAUCCAUCCAACGAAGGUGAUCACUUGCCUGUUCGAGGAUCGGUAUGGUCAAAUUGAGUCCCGUCAGAUUCUGGUAACCGACACCGCCUUUCUCUACCCACCACGGGUCUACUUGAACUGCGUGGGUCUAUUGGAUGCCUUGGCACAGGAGUCACCACCUACUAGAAACGGCCUAGCGCCGCCGACAGCAUGGGUGGGCUCCUCUCGGACCACCACUGGGCAGGCGCCACAACAGCAACAGCAGCAGCAGAGCUCGAUAGCGCAUCAACAGCAGAAAGAUCUUAUAUGUUUGGGACGCCUUAUUCUGUCUAUGGCCACUGGGCGUAGUGACAAUGCGCUGAAGAUUCCCGAGGAGAUGGACGCCUCUAAUGGGGUGGGUUUCAUGGCCAACCCGACCUAUUCGGAUGAUUUGAAGUCGCUGGCUCAAAUUCUUCUCACUCAAGUGAAGGAUUUGUCCAACUACCCCACUUCGGAACAACUGGCUUUCAAAUACUGCAAUCACAUUGUCAACAAGUUCGAAACCUCCUUAUUCACUACGGACAUGCUCCUGAACGAAUUCAAACUGGAGGUGGACAACUCGAGAAUGCUCAAACUGCUUAUCAAGCUAUGCACCAUUGCUUAUUGCUAUCCCAUGAACUACAGUGGCAGUCUACCUUCUAGAGCGUAUCAGCAGAGCACGGCGUCGUCCUCCGAGACUGCAGUACUCGGGCGAAACGCCAAUCGUGGGGCUCAGCCCAACAAUGGGGAUGCUAAACGGCUGGAGCGUCCAAGUUGGGCAAAGAACAUGAACGCUCAGCAAAUGGAUGAACGGCAGCUGGUGAAUAUGUUCAUGGAGUACCUCUUUGGUCAAGUUGUUCCUGGAACGUCGCCUCCCGCCAGCAUGGUGGCCAACAAUCUUCAGCAUGUUCUUGACGGUUUGGCGAAGGCCGACGUGGGCACUCUACAUGAGACUAUCACUCUGGGGAGCAAGGAUGGUGCUGAUUGUGUGCUGGCCACGUUUGGCGACAUCAAGCGGUCUGUGGAUGGCUCAUUUCGGGACUUGGUUCUAGAGUCCACAGAUGCAGUGCAAGCCUCGGCAGGCUUGAGGGCGGUCUCCCACACGGCACACUUCCAGCAGCAGCAGCAGUGGUUUGAUGAGGUCUACAACGGGCCCGCCUGUGAUGGGAGGGGAGAGUGGCCCUACCCUGAUGGAAGGAGAUCCCAACCGCGAUCUGGCACUCCUCAGAGGAUGCCUAGAUAG